CCGCUGCAUCGCAGAAGGCAGGAAAGAAGAAGAAGAAGAAGAAGAAGAAGAAGAAGAAUCUCGGCGCGAUGUCUUCUGCCUCUGCAGCCGUGUAGAGAGAAAAGGGGGAGGUUAGUCAUCGAGCUCGGUGCCAUGCCUCUGAUCCUCUGAAAACUUCUGAUGGUUUCCUCGGCUGAGCUCUGACAGGACCGAGGAUCUUUACAAUUUGAAAUCAGCCGUCUCCUUUUUGGAUUGAAUUAGACAUUAUUACUUAAUCAUUAGUUUCCUGGCAGCUCUGCUAGUUUCCUCUUUUUCUCCAGUGCUGUUAAACUUCCUUAAAUCUCGCUCCGCCGGGAAAUAGACAAAAUAUUAAUAAACAGGUACUUUGCUGCACUAGGUGGGAUAAAAACGCACUAGAAGGUGAACUAAAAGACAUUUAGUGCCAGUUGUUCCUGUGCCAAGAUGGAUGAAACGCACAACAACAGGACUUCCUUGGUCAAAGGAGCCAAGGACAUCGCCAAAGAAGCCAAGAGGCACGCUGCCAAAAACUUAAGCAAAGCUGUCGAUCGCGCCUCGGAUGAAUACUCGACCCAUCGCAGCUACAACCGCUUCCAGAACGAGGAUGAAGACGAGAACAACUACAACAGUUACACCCGGGAGGACGGCCACUACGGCGACAACGCGGCCAACGGCGGCGGCGGCGGCGACGACGACGGGGCCUCCAGCGACGCCACCGAGGGCCACGACGACGAGGACGAGAUCUACGAGGGGGAGUACCAGGGCGUGCCCGCCUGCAACGACGGGAAGUCGCGGGACGGUCAGGUGGCCCUGGGCCAGCCGGUGUCCGACAGCCUGAAGAGCCACAAGGAGCUGGAGAAUGAGCGGCAGGCCGACGAGGAGGAGCUGGCGCAGCAGUACGAGCUGAUCAUGCAGGAGUGCGGCCACGGGAGAUUCCAGUGGCAGCUGUUCUUCGUGCUCGGGCUGGCGCUGAUGUCGGACGGCGUGGAGGUGUUCGUGGUGGGCUUCGUCCUGCCCAGCGCCGAGACGGACAUGUGCGUCCCCAACUCUGGCGCCGGAUGGCUCGGCAGCAUCGUGUACCUGGGGAUGAUGUUCGGAGCCUUCUUUUGGGGCGGCCUGUCGGAUAAGUUGGGCCGUAAGCAGUGCCUCCUGAUAUCCAUGUCUGUCAACGGCUUCUUCGCCUUCCUCUCCUCCUUCGUCCAAGGCUACAGUAUGUUCCUCUUCUGCCGCAUGCUGUCUGGCUUCGGGAUCGGCGGAGCGGUGCCGAUCGUGUUCUCGUACUUUGCGGAGGUGUUGGCUCGUGAGAAGAGAGGAGAGCAUCUGAGCUGGCUGUGCAUGUUCUGGAUGAUCGGAGGAAUUUACGCCUCGGCCAUGGCCUGGGCCAUCAUCCCACACUAUGGCUGGAGUUUCAGCAUGGGAUCGGCCUACCAGUUCCACAGCUGGCGGGUGUUCGUGGUGGUGUGUGCGCUGCCGUGCGUCUCCGCGGUGGUGGCUCUCACUUUUAUGCCCGAGAGCCCCCGAUUCUUCCUGGAGAUGGGGAAACAUGACGAGGCCUGGAUGGUGCUCAAACACAUCCACGACACCAACAUGCGCGCCCGCGGGGAACCAGAGAGGGUCUUCACGGUGAACCGCAUCAAAAUCCCCAAACAGCUGGACGAGCUGGUGGAGAUGCAGAAUGAGUCAACCAACCCGGUGCUCAAGGUCCUCUUCAAGAUCAAGAAUGAGCUCAGAGGAAUCUGGUUGACGUUUAUGAGAUGCUUCAACCACCCAGUGAGAGACAACACCGUGAAACUGGCUGUGGUCUGGUUCACUCUGUCCUUUGGGUACUACGGUCUCUCCGUGUGGUUCCCGGACGUCAUCAAACACCUCCAGGCCGACGAAUACGCCUCCAGAGUGAAGAUCCACAACAACGAGCGCAUCGAAGACUUCACGUUCAACUUCACCCUGGAGAACCAGAUCCACAGGAACGGGGUGUUUCUCAACGACAGGUUUAUCAGCAUGAAGAUCAAGUCCGUCACAUUCAUCGACUCAUCCUUCCUCAACUGCUACUUCGAGGACGUCUCCUCGGUGGGAUCCUCCUUCAAAAACUGCACCUUUGUGGACUCCUUCUUCUACAACACGGAUAUUGACGACGCCAAGCUAACGAAUUCGAGAGUGAUCAACAGCUCCUUCCACCACAACAAGACGGGCUGUCAGAUGACGUUCGACGACGACUACAGCGCCUACUGGGUCUACUUCGUCAACUUCCUGGGAACGCUGGCCGUGCUGCCUGGCAACAUCGUCUCUGCCCUCCUCAUGGACAAAAUAGGGCGCCUCAGCAUGCUAGGAGGCUCCAUGGUGCUGUCGGGCAUCAGUUGCUUCUUCCUUUGGUUCGGCACCAGCGAGUCGAUGAUGAUCUUCAUGCUAUGUCUCUACAACGGCCUCAGCAUCUCUGCCUGGAACUCGCUGGACGUGGUCACCGCCGAGUUGUACCCGACAGACAGGAGGGGCACAGGGUUUGGCUUCUGUAAUGCCAUGUGUAAGCUGGCGGCCGUGCUGGGCAACCUGAUCUUUGGCUCGCUGGUUGGCAUCACCAAGGCCAUUCCCAUCCUGCUGGCGUCGGCCGUGUUGGUUGGCGGUGGGCUGGUGGGGCUCCGACUGCCAGACACGCGAGCCAAUGUCCUCAUGUAAACCUCAGUUUGUGGUUUACGAGGUAUUUACUCAGCGCACUGACAAACGACUCGUUUAUGGAGUAGGAUUAGGCAAUCUAAUGUUUAUUAUUUGAUAAAUUAUUGACCGCGAGCAAACAAAUACGCGUCAGAUAAAGGGUUUUCCUGUUACUUCUUAGUCAAAUACCUUGUAAAUUACAGUGAAAUGCAGUUUUUACGGAGCUGUAGAUGUACAGAGGAGGCUAAUGUGGAAUAUCAAACAUCACAAACGUCCCAGGGGAUUAUGAGCGGUGACAGAACUCCCUGUAAAUCGACAGCUCGUUUAAUACCAUGGGCUGUUUCACACAUGCAACUCACUAAUGCACGAGCAAAGCUGCAAAAGGCUUGGACUUCCAACAACCUUUUCUUUUACCAAAUCCCACAGUCUGUCUAAAUUCAGAUUAAUAGGAAAAAAUAGUUUGACGUUUUAGGUGCUACGUGUAUUUGAAGCUACCACCAGUUAGCUUAGCAUAAAUGCAAAUAUAGCCAGCUUUGCUAGCUCCUAAAAGGACCGGUUGCAAAAAAUUAAAUACUGUCUUUAAAACUACAUCAUGUUGUUUUUAUACUUAAAUUUGUGGAAAAAUUUGACCAACAAUGAAAUUGAUUUCGACAUUUUCCAGGCUACGCUAAGCUGAGCUAAGCUAACCAGCUAGCUUUCCCGCUGCUUCGUAUUUAGGCUACAUUUUUUUUUUAUUUAGAUCAGGAAUUGAAGCUACAUUUGUUCCUAAACUCUUCCGCCUGUAUUCCACUAAAGGUUGACGAUAUUUAAGCCUUUUGCUGCAAUUUGCAAAAAUGCAGAGGCCAUAGAAAAUAAAUAAAUGAAUAAAUAAAUAAAUAAAAAUAAAGAAUCGAUAACGGUACAGUAGUUUAGUCAAAACUGGCGACUUCAGCAGCUACAUUUCUAACGUGAAAAAGAAGUUUACAUUUUCUGCUUUUUACAGUAAGAGACUUUUGGGAUUGGAAUCCUGUUUCUUUUAUUUUUUUCUUUAUUUGUCUGAAUGCUUCCUCUCUCGUGUCUGUAUUCGUCUCGUGAAGGGCUUUGCUGCUCUCCGUUGCAACUACUCUAAGAAGAAUUUAUACUGCAGGAAACUUCUGAUGGUAUCCGAAUAUGCUUUUUCCCCCCUUUUUGUUUUUUCUCCUCUCUUAUCCGUCUCAUUGUCCUGCUUGUCUUGUCCUGUUUAUCUCCUCCUGCCUUGUUGCUGCUGCUGCUGCUGCACCCUCCAAAAAAACUCAAAGGCCUUUCUGAAAUGUCGUGCCUCUCUCUGUCUCCAUGUCCUCUUCCAAACCUCGCUGGAAGCUUUGCUGUGUAUUGCUAUUUAUUUAUUUAUUUAUUUGGUUCCUUAUCUCUUGAUACUGCACUGUAUGUAUGAGUGUGUGUGUGUGUCAUACCCUUUUAUUUUCAUGGUUUACUGAAAACAGAGUUUGGAUUCAUGUAAGAAAUUGAAAUUAAAAGCCAUGUGUGAAGGGUCUGUUCACCCAGAUCCCAGGAAACGUUUCUCCUGAAAAGAUUUCAGGUCUCAGUGCAAAUGGAGGCAAAUCAGGCGGCUAAUAACGUUAGCCUAGUGCUAUUUUAGUUUAGCAUGAAAACAUGUGCUCAUUUUACACAAAAGUACAGUACAAGCUCAUGCACAUAUUGCAGGUAUUUUAAGUCGCCUGGGGUCCAAUAUUUAAGGGCUUGUGGUGAAGUUAGCAAGUUUACUGUAUAUAAGGAAAACUACAACAAAUAUCCGAGGAUAUCUUUGCUUUGAAUCCAGCUGGUAACUUUACAUCCUUGAAGGUGGAAGGAGUUGAAGCUGAGAGACAACAUCUACGACCGGACAGUUCAAACCUUUACAUUAGCUUAUUAAAUACAACGCGUUAGCUUAUUUGAUAGCCAGGUGUUCGGCCUUUUCAGCUCUCCACACCUGGUUUGGCUUGACUGGUUCAUCGUAGCUGGAAGUUUUCAGUGAGGUCCGAGGCACGAUAGAGGCAGUAAAUGAAUCUAUGCGAACUUUACUUUUUGUAAAAUCUUUUUGUAAAAAUCCAAGAACGUUAAAUAAAUUCUACUGGAGUGGAAUUGACUUUACUGACACAAGAUUUACACAUGUACAGAAAUAAAUAAACACUAUAGGAAGGGUAAAUAGGGUGCAAUAAUGUGCCAUUGUUACCUAAACCUAAUUAGCUCUGAGCCAUAGUUGGUAGCGUGCAGCUCGUAGGUUAGCUGGUUAUACGCUAAUGUCUGGAUACGUCUUUAUUAACAGUCUUUUCAGAGAACAGGAACCGUGGCCGUAACAAUAGCUGGUGCAGUAGCCCUGAACUUAUCUACACACUAUUUAGCUGGUUAGCACGUCUGACACUUGCACACACACUUUUUUCUUCAUUGCUACCUCGUCCCCACACUUCACACUACACCUUAAACAUUACACAUAAAUAUGGAUCUGUUUCUUGAAGAUCUUCAAAGUGUCUGUUCUAAAGGACCGAUGGAAACAUCUGCGGGUGUUACCCGCCAGAAACUCCCUUAGCUAGUGUCCGCUAGACAUCAGAGAAACACUUCUGCAUUUCUGAAGGUGUUAGCCUUUAAUGUGACACCCUCCUACGUUAAUCGUCAGCUCACUGAUCUGUUGGAGCAGUGCUCUUCUCACGACUUCUGCAGAUUUAACCUCACAUUCAUCCUGAGCAGAACGGGGCUGUUUGCACAAGUUUUUAUACAAAUCUGAGCAAACUAAACCAGAAAAAACAAGCUGUGUUUAAGGAUGGAUCUCUGCAUUAAACAGGGAAUGUGGCAGCGCAUACGUCAGUCUGACAGUUUCACAAAUUACCCCUUUCAGCUCCGAAUGCCUCAAACUGAAAGUACAUCUGCCUCCACUGUACUGAGGACAUCCAGCCAAAUAGAACUGUCUACGUUAUAAGAUAAGCCAAAAAAUAAAAAAGAAAGAAAGAAAGGAAUCAGUUUUUGUGUGACUUGGGUAAACAGACUCCUCUAAAAAACCUUAAUGAAUUGUAUUCCUGCUGCUGCGACAUCAGUGCUAAAAUGCGUCAAGUAGUUAAUAAACUGGUCCGAUGUGCGUUUGAUGAUAGCAAAUAAUCAUCCUUCCAGUCCGCUUUGACGACACCAUGACGUUUCUGUUUCUUAUUUGGUGUGAAAUGACCUCCCGCGUGCAGCGUUUUCCUUUUAAAGACGAUAUUUUGUUUUGUUUUUUGUUUUUCACGACUGAUCUGCUUCCCUGUGUUUGGUGCUCUAUCUCCUCCUCUUCCUCCUCCUCCGCAAACAUCACUGUUUCCAAAAUGAAAUCCUGCAUGUUUGUUACUGAAGUCCUUCUCUCUGUCGUGUGUGCGCUUCUUCCCACGUCUGUGUCUUCACUGUUGACUCGCGGGCUGGCGGUGGUGGUGGUGGGUGGGGCUAACCUAAACAGGUGUGAUUCCCGGGGUCUAAAGGUGAAUGUGUCAUUCUCAUGUGUUGUCAGAUUUUGUCGUGGACAGGUUUUUCGUUAUACUGCGUUGACUCCCGGGUCAUUGUGAAAGGGCAUGCUAGUGGUGAGAUGACUGUAUGUUAUAUAGGAUGUUGUCCAGCAGAGGUGGUCGACUCUGCCCCCUGGUGGGAGGGAUUCCGGUUCGAACUAAUCAUCGCAGAUUUGAAAACCUCUGCUGUGAAACUAUACGUGGAGAUGUGUGUUUAAAAAAACAAAAAAUAACAAAAAAACUAAACAAAACAAAACAGUUACCUGUCCUUGAUAUGAUUUAUUUUGAUAAGAAAAGGCUCAAGUGAAUGCUGGUGUCUACAUCCUGAAUAAAGAGUUUCAUUUGAACAGCU